CUAGGGUAGUUUAAUUUUGCUGCUUUUUAUAAACUGAAGUGAUUUGCAAUUAAUAAAUACACAAUAAAGUCACACGCAGAAAAUUUAAUCUUCAAAAUGGAAAGUAUUUUGUUGCCAAAUAUUGCCGCAAUUUUAGUGAAAGAUAUGUUAAUAGACGAAAACAAAACCAAGGAGAGAACGAAUAUAUUUGCCAAAGCGGAUUUUCCGCUACUCUGCAGCGAUUCCGAUGAUGAAGCAUUGCAUUUUUUCCUACAAAAUAAGCGCAGAAAACAUGACGAUAGCCGUGACAAGCAGGUAGUACCCAACAAUUCCAAUUCAAAAAAAUUUGUGAAAGGAAAUAACAUACCAGCUGCUUCAUGUAAACCUAUGCGUCGCCACACGCUAACCGAAAUUAACUUACUAAACAAAUUUAAUACGACACUAUUUGAAGGAUAUUUGCAUAUGAGUAAAAUGACUUUCCUGCGCAUCUUCAAGAGACUGCGGCCAUAUUUACCCAGCCAGCAUUUACCCACUGCUACACCACCGCAAUCGAUUUUUUCACUCGCACUCUGGAAACUGUCUACAGAUGAACACUUCGAAGAUAUUGGACGUAAAUUCAACAUUACGAAAUAUGUUUGCCAACAAGUUAUACGCCUGUUCUGGCGACGUAUUUCCGCACAAUACGAAGCAUUAAUUCAAUGGCCCAGUACACCAGAAAAGCGUCAGUACACCGUACGGUCCUUUCAAGCAAAUCAACAGCUUAAUAAAUUCCAACAAUUAUUUGGCAUUUUGGCCACCAAACAAUUGGAUGUAUUCCUCGAAGCUGAAAAUGAGGAGCGACAAGUGGUAUUACAAAUUAUUUGUGAUGGCGAUCAGAAAGUAAUCGAUUGCUUUUUGGUACUCGCGGAUGAAUAUUCAUUCGACACCUCUCCUAUAGGACAAACAUUGGCGCUGAACGUUCAAACAAUGCCUCUAGGCAGUUAUCUCAUUGGCGAUGAAAGCUUUCCACUCAAACCCUACCUGCUGCGUCCCAUAGGCGCACCCAGCGAUGACAGAGAGCGUGCUUUCAAUAUGGCAUUGCAGCCGGCUUUGCUGUUGGCUCAACAAGCGCUAGAUUCGAUGGCAAAACGAUUUAACGCUCUUUACGCGCUGGAAGCACGUAACUUACACGAAGUGCGUAAAAUCGUAGAUACAGUGUGUGCAUUACAUAAUCUCUGCGUCGACAUGGAAGACGAUUAUGUCGAACGCAAAUUGAAGGAUAUGCAGUUUAAUUGGGCCAAAGUUGGAAAUGGCGUAAUAAGGAAACAGGCAGAUGAACAUGAUGAACUGGGCAAGCAAAAGCGCGCCACAAUCAUGGCGGAGGUGUUGCGGUAGAUGCUUAGUAGUAUCCGAUUUUAUAUGAUAUUAGUAAAGUAACUUAAUUAUACCUAUAUAGUUUUGGUUUCAAGCAAACAAAUCUUAAUCUUCAGCGAUUUCGUUUAUUCCGAAUCAUAGCUGCGACAUCGCCGACAUGUGCUGGUAAUAUUUAUAUGUUUUUUUUUUCAUUUAUAAUACAACUUUAAAAUUUAUGCGCUAUAAAUACGUUUAAUUUAGAUUACAAUACAUUAACAGUGAUGUAUUAAUGUAUAAGGUAUAUAUGUAUGUGUAUAAUAUGUUGCAUAUUACUUUUUGUUGCUUUUUAUUAUUGAUACUAUCCGUAGAAAUAUUUGUCCGUCAGGCUGCACAAACGAGUUCAAUUACCAACAUAUAGUAGUUAUCAGUUGAACAAAAUAAAAGUUAUAUAACAAGCUAAUAAGGUACGUAAUCGAAAUAUAAUAAUAUAUAAUAUGUGUGUAUAAAUAAAAUUGUCUAUUUAUAUGUAAGUAUGUAUAAAAUUAGGUAUAUGAGAAGAGAUAAUAAAGUUUCGAGAUUCAAGUUA